AGAACCAUGAUGAACAAUCACACAUUGGUUAAAGAAUUCAUUCUGAUGGGAUUUCCUCUUGGCCCUGAUAUGCGAAUGUUUCUCCUUGGGCUCUCCUCUCUGCUAUAUGCCUUCACCCUAAUGGGCAAUGGAGUAAUCUUAGGACUCAUCUCUCUGGAGGCCCGACUCCACACCCCCAUGUACUUCUUCCUCUCACAAUUGGCCCUUGUUGACAUUUCCUAUGCCUGUAACACUGUGCCUCAAAUGCUAGCAAACCUACUGGACCCAGUCAAGCCCAUCUCAUAUGCAGGAUGCAUAACUCAGACUUUUCUCUUUUUGACUUUUGCCCUCACAGAAUGUCUUCUCUUGGAAGUGAUGUCUUAUGAUCAUUAUGUGGCAAUCUGUCACCCCCUCAGAUAUCCUGUCAUCAUGAGCUGGUGGGUGUGUAUCACUUUAUCAUUGGCUUCCUGGGUCCCUGGCUUCCUUCUGACCUUGGCCCAUCUAAUUUUAUUACUGCCAUUGACUUUCUGUGGUCCCCAGAAAAUCAACCACGUUUUUUGUGAAAUCUUAGCUAUACUCAAACUUGCCUGUGCUGACACCCAUAUCAAUGAGAUCUUGGUCUUGGCUGGGGCUGCUUCUGUGUUGGUGGGGCCCUUUUCUUCAAUUGUGAUCUCCUACACGCGAAUCCUCUGGGCAGUCCUGCAUAUCCAGUCAAGAGAGGGGAGACAGAAAGCCUUUUCCACCUGCUCCUCCCAUCUCUGUGUAGUAGGACUUUUCUAUGGCACUGCCAUCAUUAUGUACAUUGGGCCUGAGCAUGGGAACCCUAAAGUACAGAAGAAAUAUUUCCUCCUGUUCCAUAGCCUAUUUAACCCCAUGGUGAACCCCCUUAUUUAUAGUCUGAGGAACAAUGAAGUAAAGGGUGCCUUGAUGAGAGUGCUAGGGAAAGAUAGACAAUCCUAA